AUGGACAAAUAUAUCGAUGGUCGUUUUGAGCGACUAGAGAAAGCUCUCGCAAACCUAAUUGAUUCAGUCACAAAAUACCAUCCCUCUAUACAACAAGGAGAAGAGCUCAAUUUAGCGGACCAAGAACUAAGCAGAGGCUUGGAAGAAGUCCAGACUCAUCAGAACAAUUAUUUACGUAUCCAGCAACUGCGCGAGUCUUCAAACGCCCUUGAUACGCAGAUCCGCGAUACUCUUUCGAAUCUAGCGACUACUCGCAAGGACAUCGUGACGACACAAACCACCACAUUUCCUUCUGGCCCAAGCUACCCCAUCGCCUACGAAGAGCUUCUCAAUUAUGCCCGACGUAUCAGCAAAACAACCAUGCCACCGGCAGGCACCAUUAAAGCCGCACCGCCGACGCCAGAUGUUCCAGAAGUCCAGACUCCAGGCGGUCAAACACCAGCAGCACAGACUCCAGGACCCGAGUCGCAAGCGGCUUCAAUUAUGACACCAUCUGCGCCUGCAUCGUCUCAGGUUCAAAGCCCAGCAGUUAUAAAUGGCACGCCGGCCGUCUCCCAGGAACCUGCGACUCAACAGUCCUCAAUGUCCGCCAACACCGUUCUGCCCAGCGAGUGGACACAGUUCUUGAACCCUUUGACUGACCAAAUCUUCCUACCUUGGCCAAAUGACCUCCAGCUUGGCGCUGGCUCCCUCGCUGCUAACCAGCUCCUCCAGGAGCAGGGCAUUGACCCCAAGGGCUACGAUCCAGCUGAGGAAGAAGAGCGCAAGCGUCGCGAGGAAGAGGAGAGGAAGCAGAAGGAAGAAGAGGACCGUAUUGCCCAGGAAGAGCGCGAGAAGAAGCAACGAGAGGAACGCGAGCGCCAGCGCAUUGAGAGAGAACGCCAGAGAGAGAAGGACCAGGAGGCUUGGAGACGCGCCAGUUUGGUUGGUGGUCCGGCUGCCCCUGGCGAACAAAGGAGCCCAACUGGACCUCCGCAGCAAAAGGCCCAGUUUCAGUUUACUAACCUGGAUGAUUUGGAUGACGAUGACGACGACGAUUGA